AUGGAUUAUAAAUUUAUAGAAUCUGAAAGUAGUAUAGAGUUGGUUAGUAGUGUGGAUAAAGGUAGAUAUAUUCUUUCUAAAGAUGCAAAAAAGAGGAAUGAAGUAAUCUUUACUGUUGAACAUCCCUAUUGUUUUGCAUUUGAACCUUAUCUGGUGAAACAAGUCUGUUCGGUUUGUUUCGCUUAUUUGGAGACGAGAAAGCAACUGGCCAACAAUAAACAGAAACAAUAUAUAGCUUGUACUGGAUGUGAUAAGGUUUUCUAUUGUUCUCAGCGAUGCUAUCAACAAGGUCAUCACUCACAACGAAACGAAUCAAACCGGUUCAUCGAUAUAACAUCACCACACCAACACUAUCAUACAACUCUAGAAUGCCUAAUACUAAGAAAUCUACAACAACCCGCUGGUCUUGCAUUUCAUCACAUCACAGAGCUCAACAUGAUCAUCAACUAUCUAUCACUUACACCAUAUAUUAAACUUGUAAAUAAUAAUAACAACAACAAUAAUAAUAACAAUGAAAACAAUAGUAACAGUAAUAGCAAUACAAUUAUUAAAGAUAGAAUGUCAGUUUUGGUUGGUGGUUUCGAUAAUAUUGUUAAUAAAGAUGAUAAGAAAUUGAUAAGAAGAAUGACUGGCAUCGUAAAGAAAGCAUUUUCAAAUGUUAACUACGAGGUGGAAGAAUCCGAUAUCUUGGAGCUACUGACAAUGUCUACACGUAAUUGUUUUGGUUUGUGGAAGAACUACGAGGAGUGUUUUGGUUUGGCGAUCUACUUGGAGGCAUCGUUGUUCAAUCAUAGCUGCUAUCCAAAUGCUGCACGUGUACAACGUGGUCGAUCAAUCGAUAUCAUUGCAAUUCGCGACAUUGAACCGAACGAAGAGAUCUGUAUAUCCUAUCUCAACAUUACAAAUGGCUCACACGAACGUAAAGAUCACCUAAAGAACAACUACCUCUUUGACUGCGUCUGUAUCAGAUGUACUCAGACGAACCCGGACAUUGAGAACAUCGUACGAUCAUUCAUCUGUAGGAAUCCACGAGUCAAAUGCUCAGGCUAUCUCUAUCUACCACAAGGUUCAGACUCUAGACAAUGUAAUUUCUGUCAAUGGAAAGAAUCAUCCGAGAUCAAAAGGAUCAUUUUAAAUAGUAUUAAUAAUGUCAAACCAAACAGUUUUACCAAUGAGUCCAAACUUCCAUUAAAUGACAGCUCACCAUACACUCCGACUGAUGAGAAGACAAACAAUGUAGCCACAAGAUUUUUACCAGAACGAGAAUAA